AUGAUCAUGUUUCGGUGGUACAUCACGUUUGUCUGGGUCUGUGUCGCGUUCGUUAGUGUACACGGUGCUGUGAUUUUGCCAAAAAUUCCGGAUGUCCUAAAUCCACCCGUACCGGACGGUAUCGAUCUAGUGCAACAGUCUGCCUUUCUCGAGAGCACCGACCAGGAUCCCGAGGUAACGCCGGGCCUCUUCCAGGGUGAUAUGGCGAUGGACAAUCGUAUGUAUCGCUACUGGCGUGUAGGACUGAACUGGGACGUAUUUCCGGAACGUGUCUGGCCCAACGGUACGGUGCCGUACGCGAUCAGCCCACUGUACGACGUGGACGAUCAGGUGACAAUUCUGCAGGCCAUACGUACGCUGAACUUUAUGACGUGCGUCAAUUUCGUACCGUGGAACGGGAAAGACAAAGACUUUCUACUGAUAUGGCCGAUCAAGUAUCCGAAGGGCUGUUGGAGCUAUGUCGGUAAGAUUGGGGGUACACAGAUUGUGUCGCUGCAGCCGCCGGACGACCGCAGUCCGAACUGCCUGGGCAAUGAGGGCCGUGCUAUACACGAGCUGAUGCAUGCGCUCGGCAUAUUUCAUGAGCAGUCACGUGCCGAUCGGGACCGUUUUGUGAAGAUCAUAUGGGAUAACAUAAUACCGGCUUUUAAGUCAAACUUUGAGAAACAAUCGCUGAAAAACACUACCUACAGCUUCGAGUACGAUUACAACAGCAUUAUGCAUUAUGGGAAAAAUUACUUCAGCAUCGGCAAGGGCAAAACUACGAUCGAAACAAAGAUGCCGGGCAUCAAGCUUGGCCAACGUCAGGCACUGAGCAAAACGGACUGUCUGAAGAUUAACGAUCUGUACCGGUGUUUGGAUAAUCCCAAAAUUAGCAAAAAAUACUACAACUUGUGCAAGACCCUCGGCAUCUAAUGU